CAGCUCCGCUCGAUUAUUUCUGUCUGCUGACAAUAUGGCCACGCACUGUCAGGUGUGAUCGUAUUACGUGUCUAAUUUUGUGUUUACAUUUAUUUUCUUAAAUUCUCCUCGUCAGAUGGGUUUGACACAGAGUUCGGAGGUGUCCGACGGAGGAACGUAUGGAUAUCACGUCCACGGUGUGCAGCCGAAUUCUCCUGCGGAAAAAUGUGGACUGCAACCGUUCUUUGACUUCAUUUUGUCUUUGGACCACAAAAGACUUAAUGUAGAAAAUGACCUGCUGAAGGAGGUCCUGAAAGCCAAUAUGGAGAAAGUGGUGAGCAUGGAAGUGUACAGCACCAAGAGCAUGAUGAUUCGUGAGUUGGAGGUGACGCCCAGCAAUAUGUGGAGCGGACAAGGCCUGCUGGGCGCCAGUGUUCGCUUCUGCAGCUUCCAAGGAGCCAAUGAGAAUGUUUGGCAUGUCCUGGAUGUGGAAGCCAGUUCACCUGCUGCACUGGCUGGCCUCCAUCCCCACACCGACUACAUUGUUGGAGCAGAUCAUUUGUUGCAAGAUUCAGAAGACUUCUUCUCGCUGAUUGAGGCCAAUGAGGGGAAGCAAGUGAAGUUGCUGGUGUACAGCGCCCUCACGGACAAUUGCAGAGAAGUGGUGGUCACACCCAAUGGUGCAUGGGGAGGCGAAGGAAGUUUAGGUUGCGGCAUUGGAUACGGUUACCUGCACCGAAUCCCUGCACGUUCUGACAUAACGAUACCAAAGAGCCCCGAGGCCCCUGCUCCCGAGGAGAGGCCACCUCCAGAGCUGCCGAACCACGGCUUCACAGAGGCACCCUUGAUGGCACCUUCAAGCCAAAGCGAUGAUGUGUUAGACUCGAGACAGGUCACCCUCCAGGAUAUUUCUCUUCCUCCACCAAUGCAGAGUGUCAAGGAUCACGGCUCACCCGAUUCUGAAAUGGCCGCCACGAGUCCCGUAACUGCUGAUUUGAUAGACAAGCUGGAUCUGUCCAUGUCGUCUGUUGACAUGAACAACACUUCCCUUGCAAUGAACUGUGACAAAGAGGACGAGAUCUCCGGUGUUGAGGUGCUGGAUGGAAGUGAACUGCAUUCUUCCAAAGGGAUUAUCCAUCAAGAGCACAACUCCUCGGCCUCCGUGGAUCUCACUUCUGUUCUCAGGAGCAGUCAGUCCGAUUCCGGCGUUUCAGCCAAAGAGCAUUCUGACCUCAACGCCACUGACAUCGCAGGCUCCCUCUGUGAGUCCCAUCAUAGCCACAGUCCACCACUAGGUGCGCUAUCGCCCUGCAUAAACCCAUUGGAGCCGUACGAUGAACAACUUUGUCUGCCUGCUACUGAUGGGUGCCCAGGUGAGUCCCAAAUCCAUAAGUCACCCAUUCAGGAAACUGAAGAUCAGUCCAGAGAGGAGACUUAUGCUCAUCACUGCGAGCAUGGGGAUGCUGAGGAUCAACCGCAAGAGCCAAAGUUGGACUAAAACUGCUUCAGGCCAGAUUGAGAGUGAACAAAGCAAGAAAAAAAAAGCCACCGACAAUCCCCAAUCAUUUUUGUUUUGAAAGACAGGCAAUAAAGACAAUCUAUAUUCCUAUAGCACGCUAUACAAAAAAAAAAAAGUACUCCGACAAAUGUGGGCCAUUGGGAUAUAAUCUAGCAAAUAUUUUUAUAUUUAUAUUUUUAGUAAAUAAUCAUUAACUCUGAAUUUUAUGGCUGCAACACAUUCCCAUCAAGUUGGGACCGGGUCAUGUUUCCCACUGUGUUACAUCACCUUUUCUUUUCACAACAUUCAAUGAACGUUUUGGCAAUCGAGGACACUCAUUGUGUUGGUGGAAUUCUUUCCCAUUCUUGCUUGAUGUUCAGCUUCAUCUGUUCAACAGUCCGGGGUCUCCAUUUGUGUAUUUUGUGGUUCAUAAUCAGCCAUACAUUUUCAUUGGGAGACAGGUCUUGACACUAACAGCCCCAGACCAUCACAGACGCUUUUGAGCUUUGUAUCCAUAACAGUCACUCAACUUUCCCC